AUGAUUUCGAAUACUGCUACUACUUCUACUCCUCCUCCUCGCACGACUCCUCACAACGGCUUGAAUGACAUUUUGAGAGAUGAUUCGGAUGAUAAAGCGAAGUACAAGAAAGCGCUGCUGAAAAAGCUUCGAUGGCAAAUCGUCGCUUCGCGCGAGAAGAAGAAGAAGAAGAAAGAAGAAGCAUCGAACAACGACGAAGAUGUUUUUGUGGAGAAAACGUUAUUCAAUUUGCGAACGCGCUUGGGAAUCUCGAGAGAUUCCGAGGAAGUGAAGCAGUGUUUUCGAGUCGCGAACGAUUUGGAUUUCGUCGGUUCAUCGAAGAAGAAGAAGAAGAAGAAGGAGAAGAAAAAGAGUCUUAAACGAGGAGGAGAAGGACUGGAAGAAGGAAUAACGCCUCUGAGUAAGAAGCAAAAGAAGAAAGAUUUUAUCGCGGACGACGGGAAGGCGACGCAGACGUUUCACCGGUUGGCUUUAAGUACGUCGGCGAAAGAUGAAUCGAAUGAUUACGACGACGACGACGAGAUGAUGAACAAAAAUGCCGAACGGUGCGUUCGAGACGUGAAUCUGCGCGUGAAUAGAUUCGAUAGCUUUCGAACGUGUUCGGCGCAGUGGUCGCUGGCGACGAUGUGCGCGAACAUGGUAAAAAGGAGGAAAACUGUUUUCGUCGUUAAUGAUAAUAACGGUUUUCGAGAGCAGUCGAUGCUAUUGCGAGAAAACUUAGCGAGACGGUUCAAGGAGUUGGCGGAGAAAGCGGACGCGAGAGCGUGCGCGACAAACUUAUGGUUUUUAGCACAAACGAGCGGAACGAUGAGUGGCGAAAAGAGCGAAUCUUUUUCGGCAUCCAUCAAAGCCGCGAUUAAAGGUUUGCGCGCGUGCGAAGAGGAUAAAAUUUCGAGUCAAGACGGCGCGAACGCGUUGUGGGGGAUUGCCAAACUGCGCGUGAAAUCGUCGCUGAAAAGCGAAGAGAUUGAAUCGGUGGUGGCUAAGUUAGCGGAAAGAGUAGUAGUAGCAGCAGCAGUAGCAGCAGAAAUGAGUGGUAGUACGAAUAGUAAAAGCAAUAAUAGUAAAGAGGUUUCAUCCGCGAUGUGGGCGUUGGCGACGAUGCACGUGGACGGCAUCAUUUUGUCCGGGUCAAAAUCUUCAAAAUCAUCCGAUGGGUUGGACGCGACAAUUUUGCGCGUCGCGAAAGUUGUUAAAAAGGCGUUUCAGAAAGAAUCAAAGGACAACGCGAUAAAAACGAGUUGGAGCGAAUCGAGAGUCGUCGCGAAUUGCGUGUGGAGUUGCGCGAAGCUCUUCGCGAAUGCUCUUCUCACGAAGGAUACCAGAAAAGUCUUGCGAGAAACGAUUGAGAUUGCGCUCGAAAAUGAAAAUUUGUGGCAACAUUUAGAGCCGAGAGCUUUUGCGACGCUUUUGAGCGCAGCGACGACAAUUCAAAACGCAUCUUCGUCUUCGUCGUCAUCCUCAUCGUUGCGACGACGCCUCCUCUUAAAACGCGCGUUGGAUUGUUUCGAAGAUACCUCGACACACGGUCGGGACGUCACGCCGGCGGACGUGUGCGAUUUGUGCGAAUUCAUAGAAGCAUUUACCACGACGACGACGACGAAAAAAAAAAGUGGUGAAGAUAAUAAACUACUCGAAGAGGCAGACUUCGAAGACCGCGUGAUGAAAAUCGUGACAGAUAUUUCAAAAACGUGCGAUUGGCGCGCGAGCGGAAGAUUGCUCUCGAGCGCGGAAGCGCUAAAUGUCGACGCGCGAGCAAAGAAACGCUUGCUUUCAUCUGGUGUCGAAGCGAUUAAAAUCAUGGAGCUCGAUCGCUUCAACGUGGACGAGGCGACCGCGGAGACGUUGUCGAGACACAUCGAAGAGCAGUUGAAAUCGAAAUCGACAAAACAACGGCGCGUGUUGAUUGCCAACUGCGAGAGCAGAAGCGAAGGCAAAUUGCGCCAGACGGUGGAGAAAUUCGGUCACAGAUUUGAAACGUGGCAAAGGUUCUCGUGCAACGACGAUGCGGAGAAUGAGAACGCCCCCUCGAGAAACGCCACGAUGCGCACCAACGCGCGUCCCUGGCCGACGGUGAGCGAGAGAAAGUGCGACUACGCGUUCGUGAGAGCGUGUGCGGAUAAGGAGGCGCUUCUUUUCCUCAUGACUGCGGUCGCCACGCGAGUGAAAGUGGGCGGCGAUGUCUUCGUUUCCGGGUCGCGAAGUGAAGGGUUUUUGAACGCCUUUGACGCUUUCAACAAGGUGCGUUAUUUAUUUAUCUUUGUUGCUAAACUCGUCUUGUCUUCUUUCGUCGUCGUCGUACUUUUUUCGUCGCAUCUCGUCUCAGCGUUUAGCAUAUACCGCCGCGACUCGUGUUUUUGCUUUGACGUUGGAAUCGAGUCUUUCUCCUUUUGA